AUUCCAGACGGGCCACAGGAGAGGGAGCUCUCGAAGACCCCCCUCUGCAAGCGGGCUACAGUCGGUUUCUCUCUUGAGCUCCCAGCCCCAGUGGACAUUUCCUGUCCUGCUUCUGGAAAUUAAAGCCCAAAAUUGCAAAACAUCCUUUUCCCUGUAACCAAGUGCUUGAUUCAGAGUCCGUCCCCUCCCCACGUCGCUGAUCUCAGUCCUGCCCUCCCCUUCCUUCCUCGGAACCCCUCCCUGACCAGCGGCUCGGCUUCCCAAGGAGAGAUGAUGGAUCUGUAGCAGGUGGUGCCAGAGAGAAACGACCCUGGGACCACGGCCGAAGAGGAGCUGGAGCCGGAGGAUCCGCGCUCAUGGCGUUCAGCCCUUGGCAGAUCCUGUCCCCCGUGCAGUGGGCGAAAUGGACGUGGUCCGCGGUGCGCGGCGGGGGCGCCGGAGAGGACGAGGCCGGAGGGCCGGAGGGCGACCCCGAGGAGGAGGACUCGCAAGCCGAGACCAAAUCCUUGAGUUUCAGCUCGGAUUCUGAAGGUAAUUUUGAGACCCCUGAAGUUGAAACACCCAUCAGAUCACCUCUCAAGGAAUCCUGUGAGUCAUCACUAGGAUUAGCAGGACCUGGGGCGGAAACCCAAGACUCACAAGAAGUUGAUGAACAGCUGAUAGCAGAAGUGGUUGAAAAACGUUCGCCUGAGACUCAUUCUAGACCCUUAGAAAAUGAGGUGUCACAGCAAGCUACUGAUUCUUACUCAGUCAAGGCUUUCAAAGAAGAACCUGAACAUGAUAUGAGCAAAGUUUCAGUAGUGAGGCCAUUUUCCGUAGAAAUCAAGAAUUCCACGAACAUCUCGGCGGCUCUAGGAACAGAAGCGGCGUAUGGCUGUGUGACUGCCGUCUCAGGCCAGGCCCUGCCCUCCAGCCCGCCAGAAGCCAGCCAGGACGAGGCGAUGACAGAAAGCACCAUGGGGGUCAUGCUGGAGGCUUCCCCAGAAGCUGACCUACAGAGCGGGAACUCCUGUCUGGAGCCAGUGCGCAGUAGAAGCAAGCUGAGAAAGCCCAAGCCCGUCUCUUUGAGGAGGAAAACAGCUGGCGAGUCCUCAGAAACAGAAACUUCUGUGGAGGGCAUGCCUCUCCCUCUGGCAUCUGACGCUGAUGAAAUGGAUGGGAACACAAAUCCUUUGCUAGGGGACGCCAGGAUCCCGAAACCUGCCCCCGACGCCCAGGAAACAUCAAGCAGCACGCCCAGUAGCGACACCAAUGACUCGGGGGUCGAGCUGCUGGAGGAGUCGAGGAGCUCCCCUAUGAAGCUCGAGUUUGAUUUCACAGAAGAUGUGGAGUCCAGGAAAGGUCUUCCAAGAAAAGUUGGCAGGAAACUGAGUAACAAACUGACUCCCAAGGCACAGAAAGAGGGCGUCAGUAAGCCAGUGGGCCCCAGAAGUGCAGAACCGCCUCCGGACCCAGCUGCGGACGAUGCUCCUCUCUCCCAAGCAUCUUCUAAGCUCGAUCCCAGUCAGUGCGAUCGCCCCAGCGCCAGCCCCUUUGGGGGCCAGUCCACACUGCAGAGCUCCCCUCCCCUCUCCUCUAAGGGCUCCUACCACUUUGAUGAAUCCAUGGAUCCCUUUAAACCAACUACAGCUUUAACAAACAGUGACUUUUGUUCUCCUGCUGGUAAUCAUGUUAAUGAAAUCUUAGAAUCACCCAAGAAGGCAAAGUCGCGUUUAAUAACGACUACUGAACAAGUGAAAUUUCUCUGUUUUCUGUUGAGUGGCUGUAAGGUGAAGAAAUAUGAAACACAGUCUCUUGCUUUGGAUGGAUGUUCGCAGGAUGAAGGAGCAGUGAUCUCCCAGAUUUCAGACAUUUCUAGUAGGGAUGGCCACGCUACCGAUGAGGAGAAACUGGCAUCCACUUCUUCUGGUCAGAAAUCAGCCGGGGCCGAGGUGAAAGGUGAGCCAGAGGAAGACCUGGAGUACUUUGAAUGUUCCAAUGUUCCCGUGUCUACCAUAAAUCAUGCGUUUUCAUCCUCAGAAGCAGGCGUAGAAAAGGAGCCGUGCCAGAAGAUGGAAAAAGAUGGGUCUGCUGUGCCUGGACUGUUGGAGUCCCCGACGGAGAAGGCCCCUGUGUCCGUGGCCUGUGGAGGCGAGAGCCCCCUGGAUGGCAUCUGCCUCAGCGAGUCAGACAAGACGGCCGUGCUCACCCUGAUAAGGGAAGAGAUAAUCACGAAAGAGAUUGAAGCAAAUGAAUGGAAGAAAAAGUAUGAAGAAACCCGACAAGAAGUCUUGGAGAUGAGGAAAAUUGUGGCUGAAUAUGAAAAGACCAUUGCUCAAAUGAUUGAAGAUGAACAAAGGACAAGCAUGACCUCUCAGAAAAGCUUCCAGCAACUGACCAUGGAGAAGGAGCAGGCCCUGGCUGACCUUAAUUCUGUGGAAAGGUCCCUUUCUGAUCUCUUCAGGAGAUACGAAAACCUGAAAGGUGUUCUGGAAGGGUUCAAGAAGAAUGAAGAAGCCUUGAAAAAAUGUGCUCAGGAUUACUUGGCCAGAGUUAAACAAGAGGAACAGCGCUAUCAGGCUCUGAAAAUCCACGCGGAAGAAAAACUAGACAAAGCCAAUGAAGAGAUUGCUCAGGUUCGAACAAAAGCAAAGGCUGAGAGUGCGGCUCUCCAUGCAGGACUCCGGAAGGAGCAGAUGAAGGUGGAGUCCCUGGAAAGGGCCCUUCAGCAGAAGAACCAAGAAAUCGAAGAACUGACGAAAAUCUGUGAUGAGCUGAUUGCAAAGCUGGGAAAGACUGACUGAGUCUCCCCUGUUAGCUCGGCAGAUCUGCAUUUGGCUGCUUCUCUCGUGACCACAGUUAUCUUGCCUUACCCAGGAAUUAUUGCCCCUUUGCAGAGGAAAAACUCUGAAAAAGCACAUGCCUACUGCUGCCUGGCCCGCUUAGCUGCCCACGCCAACAGCCCUGGAAGAAAGCCCAGAGUAUUGCACAGUCACCAAAGGAGCGGCAUCUGGCGGUCCUGCGUCUGUCGCAGCUCGCCAUGGAUAGGCCCAGUUAGGCUGCUGGGUGUGGGUUUGUGAGUUCUCUCUCUUUAAUUCGUUUUAAAGCCAUCUUUACUUUCCCAAGUGCGUGAAAUUUGUGGUUUUAUGGCUACUGUUUGGGAUCAUCUCCUGGUCACCACCUGUUUGAUUAUGUUUUGUGACCUAUUUGUUUCAUCUUUUAAAUUUAAUUUCCCGUAUUAGCAGUUUUAUUGGAGCAGGAAUUUGGCUUUUGUUACUUUCAAUAUAUACAUAGGAAGGGACUCUGAGCGCCCACAAGCACACACGUGCCCACGCGUGUUUACAUGUGCUGCGGCUUCUUCCCUGAAGCAGAGUCAAAGAAGAACUUCUCUGCAGAAGAGCCUGUUUCCGUAAAUGUAAAAGCCUGUUUUGAAAGAGUCUUGGCUCAGAAUGCCGACGUCAGAAUUUUGGGAGAGUGAAGAUGCAAAAAGCCCAGACUCGUGCAUGUCGUGACUCAUGGCCCCAGGCUCAGGCUUCCCGUGUAGGGGAGACUCGCCGGAAUGUUCUGUCACCCUGGCAUGUGGGUGCUGCUCAGCCAUGACAAGCAGGAGUGUGGCCCCUUUGGGGUUGGUCCUCAGCCUCCAAGUGUCUGUGUUCUGCGUGAACAGCAGUGGGCGCCCUCAGCCAUUUCUUCUGCUCGGCUUCAUUCGUUGCUGCACAGCCAAUGUUUCCUCUUUAUUAUUUGAAAUAGGCCAAGAAGGUCUACUUGUAACGGGUUUAGAUGAUCUCACAUAAUGAAAAGGGAACGGUAACCCUACCGGCAAUAUAAGGUGGAGAAACAGGUGGCUUUUCAUGGCUGUGAUGUUUUGUUCUUCAGACGUUUCACGGCAAAAAAAAAAAGUCUUUUUGACAGAAUUUUUAACAAAACGGGCAGUAAAAGUCUUGUGAACCACUCUGAAAAUCAGUGCAUUCAGGAUAUUUUUAAACCAAGGUCAUUGGACUGGCGGAGGAAGGGGCUGCAGGGAGCAGGUGCACCCUCACACACCGGAUUCCUCAGGCCCUUCCUGGCCCUGGUUCAGAGCGUGGGGCCAGUGCCCCCCACAGGGCAAACUUCCAUGCAGCCAGUGAACCCCCUAGCAUCUGAUAGGCAAAACCAAAUCCCUGCAAGUGUUUUAGAGCACUCUUUUGUCUUAAUCUUAACACCUUGAAGGUCUUCAUGGUGAUAUGCACUAUAUUCAGUCCAUGUAAGUUUUCGUACUUUUCCUGUAGAAGUAUUGCAUGAUCCAGCCUCAGCCAUGCGUUGUGCCUAGUGGAGAACCUCUAGAUCUUUCAACGUGAAUUUUUUUAGAAGUCUACUAUUUACAUGGGUGCAAUCUUUAGCCCCAGGGAGGUCAAUAAUGUCUUUUAAAGCCAGAAGUCACGUUUUACCAAUAUGCAUUUAUCAUAAUUGGUGCUUAGGCUGUAUUUUAAAGCCUAUUAUCUUACCAUUUUUUACAAAAGAAAAAAAGAAGAAGAAGAACAGAAUUGAUGUGGUUGGAGAAGUGACUUGACAAUCAUUUGGACUUUGCAAACAGUCACUGUGGGUCAGCGUGAGUGCCUGACCGCAGUCUGAGGGUGGUGAGCACAGGCGUCUCCAGUGGGGUCACUGAUUUCUUCAUUUAGUUCUCUCCUACUAGGAAAAUUAACUUGCAUUUUGCAGAAAGAAACAUUUGCUAAACCUUUUUGCUGCUGUAUUUUGGUGACAUGUUUUCUGUUGAUCUACUUUAAGCAAGGAAGGCUUAUGGUGGUCUCCAUUAUAACUCCUAGUUUUCUUUUUAGGCUUCUUCUACACAUUAAACAAGGGUUCUGUGUGUCAAACAGGUGAGGACAAUCCUUCCCUAGCACACUGCUAAAAGAAACCCCUCAAACACUAGAUCCUAGAAUGAAGUUGCUGCACAAAGAACAUGAAAGGGCCCUCGCUAAGUUGUCUUUGCCACUGGCCUCUCAGCCGUGGCCAUCACGAGAAUAUAUUCUUCCUUCUAAUUCGGUAGGUGGGUCUUCUCCAACAAGAAUAAAAAUGUGGCUUGUGCAGCUGGCAAAUUGAGAGAAUAUACUGGGCAGAAUAAAGUAUGUUUGUUUAUUUUUCUUUAAAAAUAAGCAGCCCCCCUCAAGCUUUCAUAACUCUAGAGAGUGAGAAUUCGGCCCCAGCUGGCCCCCAGAUCACGUGUCAGUGAGGCAGUGGUAGAGCCUUUUGCAAACGUGGACGCGGAUGAGGGGGAGUUGCUGGCCUAGAUCGCGGUUUUGAAGUAUUAGGUGAUCUUGUUGAGGCUCUGGACCCAGAGCCAUUUCCUAGGUUUUUGACUUUGCCAAAGUGUAGAAAGGCACUCUCUCUCUUAAGGCAUUUUAAUUGGAGACCGAACAACUUGUCACUUGGUUGGCUGGUCAGUGACAGUCAGACCUCCUGAUAUUUACUAUAUUAGGAGAAGCUCCUAAAGGCCUGCCCAAAGCUCUGGUUCUGUAAAACUGUUCUGGAAAUAUUGAGACGCCCGGUUUUCUCGUGUGGUUUCUAGCUUCUUCAGACCCAGCCCAAAUUAGGAAGUGCAGAAACACGUGAUGGUGCAAAACUCUGAGGGUCUGGCUGCCUUCCAGAACGCUAUGGAAUCUAAGGGAAGAUUUAUGUUUGGUUUUGGGGGAUCACUCAAGUUGAAUUUCCUUUCCAGCCAGUUACCCUCUGCACCACCCCGAGCUCUGUGCAGCUCUCACACCAGCGCCCCGGUGCUCGGGUCUGCACUGGGCAGCCCCGAGGCAGGCCGUUUGGGAGUAGGACGAGUCAGCUGCCCCCACGUUCCUUCGGGGCUGUCUAAAGGCAG